AUGCGUUUCACCAAUGUUCUCGUCUUGUUCAUGGCCUCUGUGGCAUCUUGCCAGGCGUCUGUGUCAGGUGAAUGGACGGCGGCAAAAAAAAUAAUAGAAGGACCGCUGAAGUCCAACGGCGGGAAGGUGGAUGAAGAAAUGCGCAAACAGAAUUCUGCUCUUUCUAGCUCAACUCUGUCUGUCGACUUAGGAGAAUUGAAGAAGCGUGUGAACGAUUAUAGUCGAAAUUGGAAGGACAUUACCACGGCUCUGGUGAGGAAUAUCAACAAAGCCACUGAUGAGGCUGAUAUCUGCAAGGUUCUCCCACCGGCCAUGGACGGAAUGACCAAGAUCAUGAAAGAUCUGACUGAUUUCGGCCAACGGGCUGGACGACACAACAGAAGAUUUAUCAAUCAUGGCAGUGGAAAUUUCCGAUUCCGAGACAUCAAAGCGGAGGUCGAAGUAAGUCUAACCCACUUGAACAGUGCAUUUUUAAAGAUUGUCUACUCGAAUGGGUUAACUGACCCAACGCUUUUCGUUCAUCAGCUCGUCCCCAAGCAAAUAAAGGUGAAGGGAAUGACUUGUGUCGACAGAUUUUCUCCCACCUUGGACGCACUCUUCCGUGAUCUUGCAGCGGCUUGGUGUUGGGCGGUUUGA